AGACUGUCCAGAGUUGUCGUUCCCUUCUCCACUAAAAUUACUUUCACUUUGCCUUUCAACAAGACACAAUGAGGCGUUUACUUUUAAUUUCCAAUUCCACUCUUCAUGGAGGUGGUUAUCUAGAUCACUGCAAAGAACAGAUAAAAUCCUUUCUAAGUAGUUCAGUCCAGAAGGUUUUGUUUGUCCCCUAUGCUCUUCAUGACAGGGAUGCAUACACAAAGCUUGCAAGAACAGCAUUCAACGAGAUGGGCUAUGAUCUUGAUGGAAUCCAUGAACAUAAAAGUGCCGUAGAGGCAGUGAAUGCUGCUCAAGCCAUUUUUAUAGGUGGAGGAAAUACAUUCAGACUGCUGAAAACACUGUAUGACGAGAAAAUUGUGGAGUUGAUCAGGGAACGAGUUACCAAUGAGAAUGUGCCAUAUAUAGGGUCAAGCGCUGGAACAAAUGUGGCCACCCACAGCAUCAAUACAACCAAUGACAUGCCCAUCGUUCACCCGCCCACAUUUGAUGCCAUCGGACUCGUUCCAUUCAACAUAAACCCUCAUUAUUUGGACCCUGACCCCAACAGCAAACACAUGGGGGAAACCCGUGAGGCAAGAAUCAAGCAAUACCACGAGUAUGAAACAUCACCCCCUGUUCUGGGACUCAGAGAAGGCUGUAUUCUUUUAGUGGAGGGAGACAAAGCAACAUUAAAAGGCAAAACAGGGGCAAGGCUAUUUGUCAGGGGGAAGGAACCAGUCGAAUACCAGCCAGAUGAUGAUUUGAGUGCUCUUCUCAGUAAUUAGUUCUAUCAUAGACAGACAUUUGACCACAACAACUUUGUUUCUGUUUAAAAAAAUACAAUUAUAAUUUAGAUAAAUAUUGAUAUACAGGAUGUUUAAAAAUGACAUUUUUUCACAGUAAAUACAUGUACCGGUA